CGCUCCCCUGGUCCCGGGAUCGUAGCAAGAUGGCGGCCGGCAGGAACAGACGCGUAAUUCCCGAAGAUCUCUCGAAUGUUGAAUUCGAGACCAGUGAAGAUGUCGAAGUCAUUCCUACUUUCGACAGCAUGGGCUUACGGGAGGAUCUACUUCGAGGAAUUUAUGCCUACGGAUUUGAAAGACCAUCAGCAAUUCAGCAGAGAUCCAUCAAGCCAGUCAUGAAAGGGAGAGAUGUCAUCGCCCAAGCACAGUCUGGCACAGGAAAAACUGCAACCUUCUCCAUUGGAAUCCUUCAAGUUAUUGACACAACCAUAAGGGAGACACAAGUCCUAGUUUUGUCUCCGACACGAGAGCUUGCAGUGCAAAUUCAAAAGGUAAUCUUGGCCCUUGGUGACUACAUGAAUGUUCAGUGUCAUGCCUGUAUUGGAGGUACAAAUCUUGGAGAAGACAUCCGAAAAUUGGACUUCGGACAGCAUGUUGUAUCUGGAACACCUGGGAGAGUAUUUGGUAUG